CAACUAGUUGUGAGUCAGCAGGUAGAGUUGACUGUAGGAGCCCCGAGUCUUGACCAUCCAGGACUCAUUGUCAUUCCUUGCACUGUGCGGGUGAGCGAGGGAGGGAAGCAUAGAGAGAGAGAGGAGAGACUUUUGGCUGGUCGCCACGAUCAGGGCCAAUUAGGAGAAUUUGAUUUUAUGCCUUGAUCUUGGCAGUCAGGUGGAAAAGCAGACAGAGGGAGAAAGAGGAGACCGAGCAGGUGCCACCGAUACACACCAUUAUCUCAGUCCGUCUGUAAUUGAGUCUGUCUCUGCCCCCAUCCUGUGUUUGCUUCGUCUCGUCCACAAACCAGAUCUGUCUUCUUGGAGAGGCCUGUCGAAACAGGCGAGGCUUCUUGAGAGAGAAAUAGGGGAGAGGAAGACGAGAAGAAAAAGCCCUUUUUCUGCCUCAAAUGUUAAUUUUUCACGUUCUUCUUUAGCGACAAGAAUCCCUUUCCCCUCCGUCCAGGCUGGACAGAUUUACUCAGUCUGAAGGACAUUUUUUCCCCCUUCAGUUUGCCCAAGUCUCAUUCCUCUUUCCAUAUUUGUCUUCUUCUUCCCAAUGUGGACAUGUCCUAUCUAGAAGUUUUCCUGCAGCCUCCACGAUCUCCAUAUCAAGUGUGAGAUAAAAAGGGACUGAUAGACAAAGAAAUAAAAAGGAGAAAGACAGCAAGGGACCAAAUCUGGAGAGGACGCAGCAGAGACUUUAUUUCCUCAGUCCCAGACGCCCAGAGGCUCCCGCCAACAGUCCCUAAAGCUUCAGUUUCCCUUUUUAAAAUUCGUCUUUUCCCCAGAGUUGUUUGCUCUCCUCCUUGUGGAUCGUAUACUGUGCACCGCCAUCCGUCAGUCCCUCCAUCCAUCUAUCCUGGACCCUGCUGAGACUAAACUGGCUUCCGUUAUCAGAGGGAAUCUUUUGAUAUCAGCUCCUGGUGUCGUCAUCUUCAUUCUGUGGCGGUACAGGCAGCCAGCAGACCAUUCUCCAUGAGGAGCAGUGGAAGAUGCCGGCUCUGCCAGCACUGCUGCUGUCGAUUUACAUCACUGUCCUGCUGCUGACCACGGCACCGCUCUCCUUCAGCCAGGCCAACACACUCUCUGCCGUCCGGAUGGCGGCCAUUUUGGAUGAUCAGUCAGCAUGUGGUCGUGGUGAGCGUCUGGCGCUGGCUCUGGCGAGGGAGAACAUCAACGGUCUGAUGGAGGGCUCCUCCCAGGCGAGGGUGGAGGUGGAUGUCUACGAGCUGCAGAAGGACUCCCAGUAUGACACCACUGACACCAUGUGUCAGAUCCUGCCAAAAGGUGUGGUCUCUGUGAUUGGGCCCGCCUCCAGCCCCGCCUCCGGGUCUACCAUCAGUCACAUCUGUGGGGAGAAAGAGAUUCCUCACGUGAAGAUCGGUCCAGAGGAAACUCCGAAGCUCCCCUACCUUCGCUUUGCCUCAGUGACUCUUUACCCGAGUAAUGAGGACCUGAGCCUGGCCAUUGGAUCCAUCCUGCGCUCCUUUGGCUACCCGACAACCAGCCUCGUCUGUGCCAAAGCAGAGUGCCUGCUGCGAUUGGAGGAGCUGGUCCACCGCUUCCUCAUCUCCAGGGAGACACUGUCGGUGCGAAUGCUGGACGACAGCCUGGACCCCACCCCCUUGCUGAAGGAGAUCCGUGACGACAAAGUGGCCACCAUCAUCAUCGAUGCAAACGCCUCCAUCUCUUAUCACAUCCUUAGGAAGGCAAAUGAGUUGGGGAUGACGUCAGCCUUCUACAAGUACAUCCUCACCACCAUGGACUUCCCUCUGCUGCGGCUGGAUGAUGUGGUGGGCGAUCAGUCCAACAUUCUGGGCUUCUCAAUGCUGAACAGCAGUCAUCCCUUCUACCUGGAGUUCAUCCGGAGCCUCAAUUUGUCCUGGAGGGAAGGCUGCGAUAUCAGCCCAUACCCAGGACCAGCGCUGUCGUCGGCGCUAAUGUUUGAUGCAGUUCACGUGGUGGUGAGCGCUGUGCGGGAGCUGAACCGCAGUCAGGAGAUUGGAGUGAAGCCGCUAAGCUGCACGUCUCCGCUUAUCUGGCAGCAUGGAACCAGUCUCAUGAACUACCUACGCAUGGUGGAGUAUGAUGGCCUGACGGGUCACAUUGAGUUCAACAGUAAAGGCCAGAGGACCAAUUACACCCUGAAGAUCCUGGAGAAACACCCCGUGGGCCAUAAAGAGAUUGGUAUCUGGUACUCCAACAACACGUUGGCCAUGAACUCCACUUCCCUCGACCUCAACGCAUCAGAGACGCUGGCUAACAAGACACUAAUCGUCACCACAAUACUGGAAAACCCAUACGUGAUGCGGAAGGCCAACUACCAAGACUUACAGGGUAACGACCAGUAUGAAGGUUUCUGUGUGGACAUGCUGCGGGAGCUGUCAGACAUCUUGAAGUUUUCCUUUAAGAUCAAGCUGGUGGACGAUGGGCUGUACGGAGCCCCGGAGCCCAACGGCAGCUGGACCGGCAUGGUGGGAGAAUUGAUCAAUCGGAAAGCAGACCUGGCAGUGGCCGGCUUCACUAUCACCUCAGAGAGAGAGAAGGUGAUCGAUUUCUCCAAACCCUUCAUGACUCUGGGGAUCAGCAUCCUCUACAGGGUUCAUCUGGGCCGUAAACCAGGUUACUUCUCUUUCCUGGAUCCGUUCUCUCCGGCUGUCUGGCUCUUCAUGCUGUUGGCUUACCUCGCCGUCAGCUGUGUCCUCUUCCUCGCCGCCAGGCUCAGCCCUUACGAGUGGUACAACCCCCACCCAUGCCUGCGGGAGCGGCGGGAUAUCCUGGAGAACCAGUAUACGCUGGGAAACAGUCUGUGGUUCCCAGUGGGUGGCUUCAUGCAGCAGGGCUCAGAGAUCAUGCCCCGGGCUCUGUCCACACGCUGUGUCAGCGGAGUCUGGUGGGCAUUCACCCUCAUCAUCAUCUCGUCUUACACGGCCAACCUGGCGGCAUUCCUGACCGUCCAGAGGAUGGAGGUUCCCAUUGAGUCUCCAGAUGAUCUGGCUGACCAAACCAACAUCCAGUACGGCACUAUCCACGGAGGAUCUACCAUGACCUUCUUCAUGAACUCACGGUACCAGACGUACAUGCGGAUGUGGAACUACAUGUACUCCAAGCAGCCCAGUGUAUUUGUGAAGAGCACCGAGGAAGGCAUCGCCCGCGUCCUCAACUCCAAGUACGCCUUCCUGAUGGAGAGCACCAUGAACGAGUACUACCGCAGUCUCAACUGCAACCUCACACAGAUCGGAGGACUGCUGGACACCAAAGGAUACGGCAUUGGCAUGCCUUUGGGCUCUCCGUACAGAGAUGAGAUCACUCUGGGGAUCUUACAGCUGCAGGAGAGCAACAGGCUGGAGAUCCUGAAGAGACGCUGGUGGGAAGGAGGACAGUGUCCCAAAGAGGAAGACCACCGAGCCAAAGGUCUCGGCAUGGAGAACAUUGGAGGGAUAUUCGUGGUCCUGAUCUGCGGCCUCAUCAUUGCCGUCUUCGUGGCCAUCAUGGAGUUUGUGUGGGCGACGCGCCGCACCGCCGAGACGGACGAGGUAAACCUUCAUCAUCAUCCUCCUCCUCCUCCUCUUCCUCUCUCGUCCUCCUCCUCCUGCCCUGCCCCCGGCCUCAACCUCAGCUCAAACACCUCAGUCUCUGUUUGUCAGGAAAUGCUAACAGAGUUUCGGAACGCUGUCUCCUGUAAGAAGAGUUCUCGCUCUCGACGCCGCAGGCCACUGAGCAGCGCUGGUGGCGGGGUCCUGCGUCACCCGUCCCGGCUGGCUCUGGCUGCACCACGCCCCAUCCGCCUGGUCCGUGAGAUGCGCCUCAGCAACGGCAAACUAUACAGUGGUACCGGCUCGCUGACAGGUGGGCUGGGGGGAGGUCUGGGAGGAGGUCCUGAUUUGGGCCCAGGGCCACAGAGGCUCUUGGAGGACCCACUAGGCGCUAACGCUACCACCAGCACGCCUCCUCCCCCUCCUCCAGCAUCGGCACUGGUGGCUCCUCCCGCCCCACUGCGCAGCUUCCUGCAGGGCUGCAGCCACGUGCGCAUCUGCCAGGAGUGCCGGCGGAUCCAGAGCCUGAGGCCAGCCACGCUCACACCUCCCCCACCUCCCCCUCCUUCAUCAUCCUCCUCCGCCUCCUCCUGCUCCCGGAUCCCUCCUUCUGGGAUGACUUCGGGUCACCACCUCCGCCACAACCCCCACCACCACCUCCACUACCACCACGGCUCCAUGUCGCUGCCCCGCCUCCCGCCGCCACCUCCUCCGAUCCCAGCAGACAGAGCCGACAGCGAUGGAGGUGGGGGGACAGGGAGCCCACGACGGGCAAGUACCAAACCGCCGCCACCACCUCGGCCACUGCCUCCACCCAAGACGCCAACACGCCCACCAUCAGACUUAUUGUCAGGGCACAACUGAGCAGAGACACACUGUGUAGGCCGUCAUCAGAUGGGUCAAAGAUCGUGGUUUUAAGCCCUCAGUGAAUUUUACUUUUUGGCCCCAAAGAUGCAGCUGAAACAGUCCAAACUGGCCUAUCAGCAGGGGUGGAUGGAAGAAACCAUUUGGACCCAUUUGCAGGGUUAUUCAUAACCACAGCGCCACUUUGGCUCAGUUGAUGAUACCUUAAACCUUUCCACAGGGUUGGACAGAUUAAACCACUUUGACCUGAGUGCAGGGAGGAUAAAAUCAAAUGUUAUAUUUCAGAUUAAACCAGCUGAGGUGUUUGGAUCGCAGGGCUGCAGAGGACGGACAAACAGGAAGUGGCUGCCAAAUGGACACCAUCCUGGGGGCUUAUUUGUUGUGCCCACAUUCAGUCCCUCACCUCUUGCCUCGGCCAAUCAUCACGCUCCGUGCCAAGUGAGGAGGACCCUUUCUCUUAAUGUUUGAAUACUGAAGCAGGUGUUUGUAUAGAGGGAGAUCUAAACACACACACACAUACACACACACAGUAGCAGAGCAGCUGUACAGUUAUCAUGGUCAUAUGUCAAUCAUUUGGACGUCUCUGGAGGAUGUAGCUGUUGCUGUAUGUGCAGACGUCUGAAAAACUGACCAACCGGUGCUGUGAUCCACAAAGCAGACACACAGAUGCUUCAUUACUCACCUGAAGUAUAUGAAGCUGUGCUGGGUGGAGCCAGUUCUUCUUUUCCAUGUAAAGGAUAACUCAAAAUAAGACGGCCUAAAAUAUGAAACAAAUGGACAGGGAGGAGACAAUGACAAUACUUCCUCCCCAAGUUCAUUAUUUUUGUGUAAAAAGGUGGUUCAACUGUUGAUUAGAUCCUUGUGUGAGCUGUCUGGUUACACAGUUUUACCAGUCAACCAAUCAGAAACUAGUAUUUUCACUAACUACGGCAUUAAUCAUUUUUAGCUCCUGUUUUUGAAAGAUUAGGUCAACAGUUCGGGGAAUAUGGCCAUUUGCUUUCUCCUCUUGUCUGUGUGUUUAGUUCGGAGAGUCAGGAUGUGGUUAGCUUAGCUUAGCACAAAGACGGGCCUGAUCUAACACAAGCCUGUCAAGGGGCUUUUGUUGACAUUUGGCAACCAAUCAACAGCACAUCACAAAGAAAUAGUUCCACCAUGUAUCUCACCUAAAAUCACACACUGUUUUUGCAUUUCUAUUUGUGUACGGAUUUAACAAACAAGAAACCAAGUGUUUAUCUGUGAGUUUUAGAGGUGGUAGUAGGUGUAGUUUCUAACUUUUGACAAAAGCAGGUAGGGUUGAAAUGGUGUACAACUUUCAGGUAUACCCUAAUAUUAAAAUGUACAUUUGCUCAUCUAAGAUAUUUUUAAAAAAUCUCAUCUUUAUUCUUAUUUUCAAAAAGAAGUCUUUUUACAAGUAUCUCCAUUAAAAAAUGGUUUCAAGUUGCAAAUAUGGUAAUAAAAUGUACCAUAUACCAUAAAAUACAAAUUUUACCAUACCAUUAAACUGCAAUGUUUUUUGAGACAGUUAUCGUACUGAGAAAAUCUCAUACUGUUGCAACCCAGGAGCCAGGCUAGCUGUUUCCCCCUACUUCCAGUCUUUAUGGUAGGCUAGGCUAACUAUGUCCUGACUUGAGAGUUAUAGCCUGCUUUCUAGCAUAUUUUCCAAAAAUGUUGAACUUUUCCUUUAUAUAGCCGAAGUAGCUUUGCAUAAAAACCAAAUCUGACAUGAAUAGUUUACAAACUCAUGAUUUGUGCUGAAUGAUACAGCCAAAUUCUGGUCCAAAUGCAGGUGCUGGCUCUGGCCCAAAGCUGGUCAGACUUUGUAACGUGUGGACCUUAUUCCCUCAAACCCAAAUCCAGGCCAAAACUGGCGGCCAUAUCUAAGUUAGAGCCAUCUGACAUUUGGAAAUACAGUGCCACAUUACAGCCAAGUGUGCCGACACUCAGUUCAGAUCUUUAAAAAAGUUGUUUGGUAAAUCAGGACUGUAUGAAAGUUAUUAGGGGCAGCUCUUUUGGCUAAAAGGUUGUCUUUUAGAUGUUUUUAGGAAAGCCUUUACUCAUUUUCUUACAGCAUAUUUAUAAUUUAUUUAAGCGAGAUUUAUUGUUGUAUAUUGUAUUCUAAUUUUCCCCCUAAAGUGCCAAUUUGUGACUAUUGUGAAAAUGUCAAGGUUUGAAAUAGAGUAAAAGAUCAUAAAUUAUUUUCUUUGUACUGUAUUUUUUGCUUUGAAACCAAUUGUAGCAACACAGUCCUGUUACAGUAUAUCAUUUUGAGACUCUGAGGGGAGGGUGUUGCUUUUUUAAAAAGGAAAACAUAACCUUUACGCCCGCUCACCAAUCUAAUAACUUUCACACAGUCCCUAAAAGAAGAACUCCCUCAGUGCAGUUGUGUAUAUUUUGGGUGAGUAUUAAAGCUGUUUUUGGCCUCAGUCAGUGGAGCUCAGACAUGUACUGUACACACACAUUCACAGGUGAACUUGGAGGGCAAACUGCAAAACUAAAUUUGUGAUUGUAAUUUCCGUCCUGUGUCCAAUCUUGGCUUAUUUUAUUCUUUUUUUUCUCUCUCUCUCUCUCUAUUUUUCAUGGUAUUUUUUUGUCCUUGAGCUCUUUUAAAUUGAUGUCAUGAUGAUUCAAACGCCAUGCCGGGAUAUCAGAGCUCAAAAGUUACCUGUCAGCUGCCGACAUUCUCCGAUAUCCCUACAUGUUGACCCAUUACUCGACAUAAGUGCUGAUAUUGUCAAUUCUUUGUGUAAUUGCUUUACAGUCCAACAAAAAGGAGCCAAUUGUAAAUCAACUCCUGCACUUUUUUUUUAUUUAGUCAUUCUUUUAUUUAAGAUCAGUGCCUGUAUUUUUUGUUUUUUAUUUUUGUAAUUUUUGGCAUAGAAAUGGUUUAGAAAAUAAGCCAGCAGCAUCCAAGUCAAAGAAAUUGUUUAUGAAAUUGAGAAAAAUGCACAGGAAUGUUGUUGUAAAAUGUGUGCGUGUGUGUGUGAGCGUGUGUGUGUGUGUGCGUGCGUGCAUGUGCGUGUGUGACGAUAAAGAGUGAUUCCUGUUGUAUGUUUCAUCAUUUUGUUUGCUGUUUUAUUUUUUUUCUGCUCCUCCCUCUGAUUUGUACCAGCAGUGCUCAGCUCAUCCGUAGGACAGAGACAACAGAUGGAUUAUUAUUCUAAUGAUUCUAUUGUUAUCAUUAUUAUUGAUAUUGACGUGUGGGGUGACUGUAGGAGGGGACCGGCCCUCUGAUGUUCAAUAUAUAGACACACGUUUUGAAUAAAAAAAAACAAAAAAAACAGUCAAUGUACCAAAAAGUCUGCUGCUGGUGAACUUUUCAUUUAUCUGAUCUUUAACCUUUUCUUGAAACAGCCACACAGGUGUGUUCAGGUGAUCAGAUGUAGAGGUGGGCAGGGCUGAUGUCACAAAACUUCAUCUACUUAAAAGCAUCUACUGAUUUAAAUGUUUUAUACAGUUUAUUCGUGUGUUUAUUUUUCAUCAUGUCUUAAUUUGAUGUUGGACAUGCGGCUCCACAGUCUUUUUACAGAUAUGUACAUGCUACUGGGACCAGAUAUUUAUUAAUUGUUUUAUUUAUUUAAUUUAUAAAUCAUGCUUUUUGGUCAAAUUCAAUGAGUUCUUUGGUGGGAGUGUUGUCAUCUGUCUUCUUUUUCUGAGUCGUGAAAAGAAUUUUUCAUGCAUUGGUCAGUUUGCUUCUUUCAGACUAGUGGAACAAAACUUCCAAAAUACACAUAGGUUUUUAUUUUAGUGAAGAUUAAUUCAUUUAUUCAUAUUCUGUAACUGCCUGCAUAACUGCUGUUGGGGGUCGCAGGAGGGGCUAGAGCUUAUCUCAGCUGACACUGGGCACCUAUGGCCAAUUUAGUAGUGAUGGCCAAAUGAAGCCUC